AUGGUUGCACAAUCCAUUGGUUGCUGGUUACUAGUAGACAGUCUCUGCACUCACACAUAUCUGCUUGCUCCACUGCAGGCUGAUGUUGGCACUGGGUCUGGUGCAGUGGUAGUGGUAACAGCAGGAGUACUAGCUGGAGUAGUAGCUGGAGUUGCAGCUGAUGCUAGUUCUUUACAGCACUGUGCACAGACCUCAACUGAUGAUGGUGGGGCGACUGGCGUCGGUGGUGAGGCGACUGGCGGCGGUGGUGGGGUGACUGGCGGCAGUGGUGGGGUGACUGGCGGCGGUGGUGGGGCAACUGGCGGCGGUGGUGGGAUGACUGGUGGCGAUGGUGGGCUGACUGGCGGCAGUGGGAUGAUGGGCGGCAUCCUUACAGCACGGUGCACAGACCUCAACUGA